CCCAAAAUAGCCAGGACUGAAGACUAUUUAAAUGGCUGUCCCUCCACCCGUCUCAUUUCCCAACAGGAUCUCCCACCAGCCCAGUUUUGCUGUACAGGCUCCGGCCUCUGCCCAUUCAAGUUGCAGGAUGUCGAUGACAGACUUGCUCAACGCUGAGGACAUCAAGAAGGCGAUAGGAGCCUUUGCAGCUGCAGACUCCUUCGACCACAAAAAGUUCUUCCAGAUGGUGGGUCUGAAGAAAAAGAGCCCCGAUGAUGUGAAGAAGGUGUUCCAUAUUCUGGACAAAGACAAAAGUGGCUUCAUCGAGGAAGAUGAGCUGGGGUCCAUUCUGCAGGGCUUCUCCCCAGAUGCCAGAAACCUGUCUCCCAAAGAAACAAAGACGCUGAUGGCCGCUGGGGACAAGGAUGGGGAUGGCAAGAUUGGGGUUGAAGAGUUCUCCUCUCUGGUGGCUGAAAGUUAAGUGGCGCCGACUGCCUGGGUCUCCCACCUCUCUACCCCCAAUGCCCCAUCUCAGCUCUUCUCGCCGCCCUCCUAAGUUUCUGUUCAGUUUGUUUAUGGUAUUUUUUACUCCCCCCAUCCUCUAUGGCCCCUGAAUGACACCAUUCUUCUGGAAAAUGCUGGAGAAACAAUAAAGACUGUACCAAUCGGA